UAAACAAUGCAAAAGUGAUUUAUAAAAGUGUUAUGUUUAUCUUUAGUUAAGUUUCCUUGUACAUUUAGCUCGUUUAGUAUAAGAAUUUAUGUAUUAUUACUAAUGUAUGUAUUAAAAACUAGUAUAAAGAAGCACGUUUUCGUUAUGUCAUUUGUAUAAAGCAGAAGUGAGACCCCAAAAUUUUGUCCUAUAACUCUUUACAGUUACGAAAUACAGUCAUAAUAGAUCAUAAAGAUAAUAAGCUUAUACGAAAAAUUUAUAAGCGGGGAUAGCGGUAUAAAAGCAUCUCAUUCGGUGAGUUUACUUCAGUCUAAUUUUUGAUUUCGAAUUAUAACUGUUUUGAGCAAAAGAACCAAAGUAGUCAAGAUGAAAUUCGUCUACAGUAUCGCUGUAUUGGCUAUCUGCGCUAUUAGCGCAUCGGAAGCCUUUGAAGCCAGAGGACCAUGCGAUCCAAACGAAACGUCUGAUCAGUGUGAGCAGAGAUACGCUAAGCAAUACGAAGGCACGUGUACCCGCAUUUUCGCAGGAGGAGAUGAAGUUACGAUUCAAGGAUGUGGUAGUGUUCGAUGUGGUGAAAAUUUGAGGAAAACACCGGUGGACCUAAGCAAACCUUAUCCAGAUUGCUGCUCAAACUGCGAAAUCAUCGAUCACAACUUGCCUGCAUCAAUAAGCGCAGUUGCCCGUUAAAUUCAUUUAUUAUUGUUUGAGAAUAAAAAAUUUUGAAUAAAUUGUUUGAAUAUUUAAA